AUGUGGGACCUGAACCCCAGGAAUGAAGUUCUGGGGCAGACAGGCCUGUGCAGCCCGAGCGCCCUUUGUCGGAGGAGCCGGGCAAGUGCGCGCAGCGCGCGGGGCUGGACGCGGGCGCAGAGGCCGCUGGUCCCUGGCAUCCGCUGCGAGGCGAGCUCGCUGUUCUGGGCGCAGGAGCUGUGCGUGGCGCCACAUGCGGGCGGGGGUCGGUGCAACCGGGACCCCUCCGCAGAACGAGCGUGUGAGGAGUGCUUCCGGGACAUCCCGGUGCAGCACCAGCCGGAGGAGUGCGCCGAGCGCACGGCGCCGGGGGCAGACGUGCCGCUGGGUGCGGGACGCCCACUGCAAACCAAUGUGAGGGGCUGGGUGCGUGGCGACGGGGGACGCAGAGCGCGGCGGCCCGGGGGCGCCCCCUGCGAGGCUGGACGUGAACCCACCGCGGGCCCUCCGGGAGGCGGGAGCUCGCGUCCCGCCAGCGCAGUGACUCAGCAUCGGGGCGGGCCGGAGCGGACAGGGGCGGGCCCGGGAGACCCUUAUAAGGCUCGGAGGCCGCAGGGCCUGAGGCCGGAGCUCCAUUGCCGCCACCUGUACUCCAUCAAUCAGGUCGGGGAGAGCCCCCAGCGCCGGCUGGCGCUCCCAGGGGCCGGCGCUCCCAGCGUUGAGUCUGGGCUCGGAGACCCCGGGGCUCCUCCAGCGCCGGGAAGCAGAUCCCAGGGGCCUCUGCCACCCUACACCAUUGUCUACUUUCCGGUUCGAGGGCGCUGCCAGGCCAUGCGCAUGCUACUGGCUGACCAGGGCCAGAGCUGGAAGGAGGAGGUGGUGACCAAAGAGGACUGGCUGCAGGGCCCUCUCAAGGCCUCCUGUCUGUACGGGCAGCUCCCCAAGUUCCUGGAUGGAGACUUCACCCUGUACCAGUCCAACACCAUCCUGCGGCACCUGGGCCGCUCCCUGGGCCUCUAUGGGAAGGACCCGCGGGAGGCCGCCCUGGUGGACAUGGUGAACGACGGCGUGGAGGACCUGCGGUGCAAGUACUCCACCCUCAUCUACACCAACUAUGAGGCCGGCAAGGAUGGCUACGUGAAAGCACUGACUGGGCACCUGAAGCCUUUUGAGACACUGCUGUCCCAGAACAAGGUGGGGCAAGCCUUCAUCGUGGGUGAUCAGAUAUCCUUUGCUGACUACAACCUGCUGGACCUGCUGUUGAUCCACCAGGUGCUGGCGCCUGGCUGCCUGGACGCCUUCCCCCUGCUCUUGGCCUACGUGGCGCGACUCAGCGCACGGCCCAAGCUCAAGGCCUUCCUGGCCUCCCCGGAGCACAAGAACCUCCCCAUCAAUGGCAAUGGGAAACAGUGA